AGUAGUCACGAAAAUGGAUUAUAUUUUGCGGGUUACGCUAAUAUUAGGCCUUCUGAGUGUCGUCGCUGGCGCAGUUCCAAGAAGUGAAAGUGUUUCAUCAAAUCAAACAUUAGUCAGUGCUCGUCAGGGCAGAGAGUUUCCAUUCCACGCGAUUGGACGAAUUGCGAAUACGCUUUGUACGGGAACAAGCGGUUUGUCAGGAACAUGCCAAAUCCGAGGAGAAUGUGCCGCGAAUGGAGGAAUCGCAUCGGGAUCGUGUAGCACGCUUACCACACAGGCUGUGUGUUGUGUCUAUAUAAGCACAUGCGGUGGAUCUGGAUCAAAUAAUGUAACCUAUUUCCAAAAUUCGGGAUAUCCUACACCAUACAAUGGAGGCACUUCCUGCACAUACACAGUAGUCCCGCCGGACAGUACCGUCUGCCAAUUGAGGGUCGACUUCAGUGCUUUUACGCUUGCACAGCCAAACGCUGACGGAGUCUGCACGGUGGAUAACAUCGUAAUAGCUGGCGGUAGCUCUCCCGUUCCUGCUAUCUGCGGCGAUAACAACGGACAGCAUGUGUAUGUUGCGUUCAGUGGAACAAGCUCGAUUACUGUCACGGUGUCGACUACAUCGUCUACGUCGUUCAAUCGAGUAUGGAAUUUGCAACUGAGUUUAAUUUCGUGUACCAGUGCGUACCAGGCACCUGCAGGUUGUCUGCAGUAUUAUCUGGAUAGUUCGGGUACUGUCCAGAGUUUUAAUUACGGAACAGCGGCAAACGCGGCUCUUAACUCACUCGGCAUGAUUGGUACUCGACAGCUGGCUAGUCAAAACUAUGCCAUCUGUAUACGAGCGGGUGCUGGGCUAUGCUCAAUAACCUAUUCCUUGCCUUCAGGAGACAAUACUGCGUUUACACUGACGGGUGAUGCCACAUCUGUAUCGGCCACUAAUCUUGGCACUGCGGCGGUAGGUGAGCAAGGAACUGCUUGCACCACGGACUUCCUGAUAAUUCCUAAUCCAUCUGGCGUAAAUAAUGAUAGGUUCUGUGGUCUUGGAAUUGCAACAACUACAAGCCUCUCAACUCCAUUUGUUUUGUACUAUAUAACCGACGCUAACGAUUCGGGUGACGUUGCAAAUCGAGGAUUUAGUUUCAUCUACAGUCAAAAUACAUGCCCCAUUGCUUCUGGAAAAUAGUUCUUUUUUCCUUUAUUGCCUUGUAUUGUCUUUAUUUACUUAUUUAUUAAUUUAUUUAUUUAAAGAGUUUCUAAAGUUUUAUUAAAAAUAAUGAAUGCAAGUCGACUUUAAUCAUUUUAAAUUGUCUAAAUGUUUUAGUACAUGUUUCAAAGUGGUUGAGCAUAACUCUAGAUUUUUAUUCAUAGCCUAUACCUUUUUUUAUAAUAAAGAUAUGAAAAAAUUGCUGCUUAAGGACAUCUUGCAUUAUUUAUCUCUGGUCCAAUAAGGACCUGAAAGAGCAAACCAAGGAUUCCACUAUCCAACAAGUCCAAGAUAUCCAGAGCAGUUUCCAACUGAAAAAAUCUUUUAUUGAAAUAACAACAAUCAUUGCAUAAAAACUCACAGAAAAACAGAAAUACAAAAAAAGAAUUCUCAUCCUCCUUAAAGGAACCAUAUUCUCUCUUGCCUUUUGCCGGGCAAAUGAAUCUUUGGAAAGAAAGGAUCAUGUCUUCCCUUGCCUUAUACAUCAAAUAUCCAACUCGAAAGAAGAUAUCCUAUCUGCCAUUUCUUAGAAUCAAGCAAAUUCUUGAAAUAAUGAGAAUCUAAAUUCUCUUUUGCCUUCCGCCGGGCAAAUCCAUCCCUCAAAGAAGGGAUCAUAUCUAGAUCUACUCUUUCUUCAAACCGAGCACCACUGCAAACCGAUCGAAUUCACGGAUAGAAAGAAGAAAUCAUAUCCUCUCUUGCCUUCUGCUGGGCAAAUACAUCCCUCUUUAAGGGGAUCAUAUCUCCCAUUGCCUUAAACCGACCCACGAGCCGAGCUGUCUCUUUCUUAUAUACUUAUAUUUCAUUACCAAAAUGAUAUCUAUUCAUAUAGUGAUGAUGGAAAUGAUAAAAUAACACAUAAAAGACAUCACCUGGAACAUAAGAACACAUUUUGAGCAUCCCUACUAUGCAUACGAUGAUAAUUCGGUGCCUUUAGGAACCACUUUAUACUACAGGAUGUAUGAAGCUUCAGAAAAUGUUUUCAAGCAUGUUGUCUACUGUGAACUUGUUAAAAUAAAUGUAAACUAUAUACGAAACA